GUAUCGGGACUAUCCAGUUGGACUACCUCCGACGAAUCAAUUGCAAGUAGCAUUUCUCAAAACUCAGACCUCACGGACGGAUCUCUCGAUGCGUUGCUGAACAAUGCUGGUGCCGGAUAUUCCAUGCCGCUCAUGGAUCUAGACAUAGCAGAAGCACGCAAACCGUUCGAUCUCAACGUCUUUUCUCUGAUUAGAGUGACACAUGCCUUCUUUCCUCUUCUAGUCAAGUCAACGCUUGGCGAGAUGGUUGUUAACAAUACUGCAUGUUCAUCCGCUGCCUUUUGCAGGGGGAGCAAUGCCUCCAAAGCAGCAGCAGCUAGCAUCACAGAAGUCUUACGCUUGGAGUUUGGCCCGUUCUGUAUUGAGGUGAUAAACCUAAUGAUGGGGUCUGUA